ACGAACGUAAAUGUCAUGUUCUAACGUCCAAACGUUACACAUUCCUUAAUCCUGAUUAACCAUAUACAAAGGCCACACCUUCUUCUGCUUAUUCCACUAUAAUCUCCUUCUCCUUCUUCUUCUGAGCUUUCUCCUGCAACAAAAUACUGGGAUCUUCACAUUUCCAACAAUUUUCAUCCUCUUCUUCCUUUCCAUUUUCCAAUUCCAAUUCAUUUCUCUAACUACUAUUUCUGGCUUUAACUUUUCAGAUUCAGAUGGAACCGGACAACAUUGACUGGGACAACAUCGACUCUACGUUCGCUCUAGACGACACAUACGAGAACUUUGACGCGCCUAUGUGGGUCGAUCUCUCUGCUUUUGAUGACUCUCUCGUUGAUGAUGAAGCCUGGUUCUGCACUCGCGAUUGCAAGCAUCCGAAAACCGCUGAAGAUUUUCUUAAACGCAGUUCCAAGGUUAAGCGUUUAAGAUUUGCAUCCUUUUCUGAAAUGCUCCCCUUUAGAGACAGACACCGAAGGGGAAAUUCUUCAAUUGUGGAAAUCGCUAAAGCCAAGAAUAGUGAAAGAUCUAGAAGGCCAAGCUGUUCUGAAAACUUUUAUGAAGACAGUGAGAAUAGGAAUCCAAACUUUACGGCUCCACUUCCCAGUGGAAGUAGGACCAACAAGUUAAAGAAGCCAUUGAUGAAGACAAAGGAUGGAAAUCCAAGUCCAAAAGAGCUGAAUACUGGUCCAGUGGAGUGUCCUGCGAAAAGUCAGCGAAAAAAUCAGCUCAAGAGUACUUUCUCUGCACAAAAUUUGUUGGGUGGUAGAGAGAUUCUUAGUCAGAUCAAUGGGUUCUGCUCUGAAUUGAAGAGGCUGGCAAGAGGGAGAAGAGAGAAAGGUGGAAGUUCAAGUGGGGUGUCAGAAGAAGAGGUGAAGAAGGAAAGGGUGGUAAAGGAAAGGGUACCUCUGUUUGUGGUCAAGAACUCUUCAAGAUCAAGUAACUAAGCUUGAUCUGUUAUGUUAUAUAGGAAUUUUUCAGUAGUGAAAUGGUGCUAUAAUCAUCCGUUUCCAUUGGAUUAUAAUUGUAACAUAGGAUUUGAACUUCUAUGAUGAUUCCGUUACAUAGGAUUUUGACAACGAAAAUGGUGCUAAAUUAUGCAUUUCAAAUUUUCAAUUGGAUUUUGAGAGUUAAGUGUAAUAAAGUUCAUGCCUAGAACAGUAUUUCUUCUUGUUGGGGCUGAAGAACGACGUAGUCUUACAAAUUUUAAAUUUGUAUUGAAGUAUCACUUAUUUACCACUAUUCAUCAAAUCAUAAACCUAAACCUGUUUUUUAACAUUGAAUGGAAUAGGAAUCUUUAAAAUCAAAUCGAUAAA